AUCUCUGGAGAAAAUCGAAUGAAGACGUUAUUCAGUACCAUAUAGCUACCAGUGUCGUGUAAACAUACAGUAAAUGAUGUAUGUUUCGCCAGUCAUUGCGUUAUUACUUUUAUGCUUAAGUUUAAAUCUGGGGCUUCGGUGUCGCAACGCAAGCAUCGACUUGGGGACAGGACACAACGAUACAAACGCCACUUCCGUCGACUUCGAGUCCCCUUCAUCUGACAAUGACAAGUACGAUUUUGUGGUGAAUCGGCUGGUAGAUGACAUCACCAUCGACGAAAAAACAGCCAAGUCUUUCCUUCAACCCAGCCCUGAAUGGGAGUAUGACAAUCUUUUAGAAGCACUACGUACUGAAGUUAAAGGCGUCGAUGGAAAGCACCGUCCAGUUAAGAGAAGCGGACGAGUUCCGCCCGAACCCAGAGUUCCAGAAACGUGGCACGUGCCCGGCAUAAAAGAAAAGACACCUUACUUGGAAGGCAGGCCAUUCAAAUCACUUCCACAGCUGAGUAGUAAAUACGACUACUUAAAGUACAAGAAGUGGCCAGAGAUAACAAGUGGAAAUCGGGGCACAGGUCAUCGGCAUGAACGAAACCCAUGUGUUGAAGAUGGCGGCCACGACGCAUGCCAACCUAGAGGCAGAUGCGUGCCAUCCAUGCGCACUCACAUCUACUCCUGCGACUGUGAUGACGGGUGGUCGGAUGAACCUGAAACCGGCGGACCACAGUACCCAGACUGUAGGCAUAAAGACGACCCCUGUGGGAGGGUGGCUUGUAUGAACGGCGGAGCCUGCGAACACUCCCAGAACGGCGAAGACGUUUAUUGCGUGUGCAAUGACGCGUAUGUUGGAGAUAGGUGCCAAUAUCGAAGACCAUACUUGGGACCUUGGGAAUCCUGGGGACCUUGUUCUGUGACGUGCGGGGCCCAGGGCAUCCGGAAAAGGAGACGGCACUGCGAAGAUCCCGCAGGCCUGACUGAUUACGACUGUUCGGGGAAAAACUUUCGGGAGGAGGAGGAGGUUUGCCAGCCGACCGUCUGUAAAUAUUCAGGUCGAUGGACCAGCUGGGGGGAGACGACUCCAUGUACCGUGAUCUGCGGGCAUGGAUACAGGACAAGGUCCAGACACUGUAGAUACUGCAAAGACCCCGAAUGUGUGGAGGAAACUCAACUGGAGGCAGAACACGGGUCGCCUUGUGACGGCAUCGCCCAGGAAAAAUCCCCAUGUAACACUCAACCAUGUCCAGAAUCCUCGCCGCAGUGGUCAGCCUGGGGUGCCUGGUCUGCAUGCAGCACGACGUGCGGCGAGGGACUCCGGAGGAGGACCAGGGAGAAGGGGGAGGAAACACAGGACGCGUCUGAGGAAUGCAGAGUCCAGGUGUGCCCAGAUGUGACCCCUGUCAGAUGUACUGAGUGGACUACCUGGGGCGAGUGCCACGCGCAUUUUAAGAUGUGCUAUCGGACGCGCGAAAACGUCGCGGGAGAAGAAUGUGACGGCCAUACCUACCAACGGUCACUCUGCUCCCAGGAGAACUGUCUGGGUCAGGUCAGGGCUGAAGGGUACAAGGAAAACCUUUUCAGACAGCUGAGGGAACAUGAGGACCAAGAGGAGGCCGAGGCAAAAGCUGAAGAGCUAGCUGUCAAAUACUUCAAGGAGACGAGACAUUUUUUCGGCGAUAAAAACGGUGAAGUUUCUGCAAAAGCACCUCUUACAUUCUUCACCGAAUUCAGGGGUAAGUAUUUCGGCAAUGCAGAUACUCUUAUCACAGCCUACAACGACAUCAAGCCCGAUGAGUGUGCCCGCAGGUGUCUGGAGGGUUAUGGGGACUAUGACGGUGUCAACCCGAUAUGUAAGUCCUUCAACUGGCGACCUCUCGGGAGUCCCGUAUUUUCUAUUAGUAAUCACGGGAGUACUCCUCGGAAAUGCUGGCUACACCGCGAAAACAAGGACACACACCCGGACAAUCCUGAAUGGGAUCAUUGGUCAAACCGCAUCUACUUUCAAAGGAAAGAAAAAGAAGAAGAAGAAGAAGAAAAUCUCUCCAAAAUUGUUGCCCCUGGACCUAGUGGAAGAGCCCCAUCGCUAACUGCUUUCCGUGUGCUUGUAGCUGCCAUGAGUCUCUUGACAUCGGCUCUCUUCUAGGACAUACAGUCUCAAGAACAAUCAGCAAAGCAUACAUGCAUCUAAAGCGCACUCAUUGAUUCUAGUUGUAGCUUAGAGUGAUGGCAUCAGUUUUAACGUACGAAGAAAGAGACCUUCGGCUGUUCAAGUUGUCACUAACCUGAGAUUCUUAACCCUUAUGGCAAGUCCUGGUUAUAUAAUAAUCUACAAUCAUCGUUAAUACAAAAGAAGUCACCAUCUUUAUUGAUUUGAAAACAAAUAUUCUUAACCUGUUACAGACUUUUGCCGGAAUUGAAGCUAUACAUAUGUGAAAACGUCAUCAACGUUCGUCGAGGAUUCCAAAUAGUGUUUCAAUCUCAUGACAGUCAUUCUAGUCCAGUUGGAAUAAACAUGAGGAUUUGGCUCGGCUGGUUGUAGAUGUACAGAAAGAUUCACCUGAGCAGAACGAAAGACCAACGUUUCUGCCAAGGUUCCCUCCACUGAAACACAGUUCACGACAUAGCUGGGGCACUGAACAACAAAAGACAGGUGGAUCUAGCAAUACUGGAUUUCACCAAGGCCUUCGACAAAGUCCCACAUAGUAGACUUAUAUGAAAACUGGAGUACUAUUGAAUUCAAGGCACUACAUUAAACUGGUUAAAGACUUUCUUGACGAACAGAGAGCAAACUAUAGUGGUAGAAGAGAAGGCCUCAGCUCCAGUUAAAGUAGCGUCGGAAGUUCCGCAAAGGACUGUCCUGGGACCAUUGUUCUUCCUCUUGUACAUAAACGACUUGCCAGACCA